AUGAGCAGGUUUGACGUGUCCCGAGGGUCUUCCUCGCGCCAGCGCUCUAAUGUAUCCCAGGUCUGCGACGCUUGCAGGUGCGUACAUGCAUCCUACCGAGCAUGCAACGGUCAGAGCCCAUCGUGCGAGCGACGGUUGAGGCCCAGUGAAAGCUGGUCUCACCUCAUCCCCCCGUAUGACACAAGCAUUCCUGGGGAGCCGACGUCUGGUAUGCCCGCCGACGCGCGGAAACGUGAUGGGUUGGAGGCACCGCAGGCAACCACUGGCAUCUUGCUCGUCGCUCCAAGUUCGCAUGCGCAAGAAACAUUCCCUCCGACUCUUCUUCAGCUAGUCGAUGAGUUCCUGCCAUGGGCUGAAGAGUUCGGCUUCUUUCUCAACAAGGAGCUCUUCCGUUGUUCCUUCAAUCCUUCAAACGGGCCUGUGGUGCAAUAUUCCCGUGCAUUGAUAGCAGCGGCUUGCCUAUGGGGCGCGCACCUGAGCGACGCUGGCGAUUUGGCGUGCCAUGAGGCGACUUACCUCGCAGAGACUCUUCAGCAACUCGCCACUGCUUUGGGUCAGGAUCAUCCUCUCUGCGUUGUCCACACCAUACAGACGGAGGUCCUGCUGAGCACCUACUUCUUUCGCAAGGGGCGUCCGCUGGAGGGCCAGGUUCAUGCCGGUGCGGCAGGCGCGCUGGCCAUGGGCGCCCGACUGCACAAAGCGACACGGGUGAGCGGCGGCGCUGCCACCGCGCCCUCGGCAGACAUAGCCGACCACAUCAAUGCCUUCUGGGAGGUGUACGGUUUGACCGCUUGCUGGUCUUCGCAUUUCGGGUACACAUCCUGCAUCGGCGCGGACAAUAUCUCGCAAAUCGAGACGCCAUGGCCAGGUCAAAUUUCUAUUCCAGACGCACCCCAAACUCUGCUGCAAUUUCCGUCCGCGGUCCUUGCCAAAACACACUCUAAUACUGCAUCACUUCGGGGUCUUCGCGCCCAGGCGGUCUUUCUAUACGAAACGUCCGUUAUUCUGGCACGACAAUAUCGCCCAGGCUUGCCGAAUCGCGACUCCGAGGCCUUUUUCGCAGCCUUCAGGGCACAUAAUAAUCUACUCGAAGCAUUCAGGAGCAUACUGGCCCUUCCCGGAUACCCGCCGCACGGCUCCCAGGUAGCGCGGAUACUUUUGCUCAUCCACACGCUCGUGCACGUCGCGGUCAUCAAGCUGAACGAAGUCUUCCUCGAGCACGAAUCCACUUCCUGGGCCCGCUACGUGGCGUCCGCGGAGGCGGUCGUGAAUCUGUAUGUCUCCAUGCCAAUGGCGAACCUCGUACACUUCAACCCCAUCUUCGCGAGCUUGUGGUCCGUUGUUGCAGACGCUCUCAUAACGGCAUCCCACCGAGCGCGGAGCGUGCGGCCGUUCUCGUCGAAGCUUCGCAGCGCCCACAGCGGCCCUCCCCGCGAGGAAGAGGACGUAAGUGCAUGCUUGAAGAAGGCGUGCGCCGUAAUGGCCUUGAUAGCGUUGGAUUGUCCGCUCAUGACUCAGGAGCUUCAAAAGGUGCAGGCCCUUUGCCAAAUGAUAUGAGAUAGGACAUGUAUAGAUGUGUGGAAUAUAGAUCCUGGAUAACGA